AAACUCUAGAGGCCACAUCUUAAUGAAAACUUGAUCUGAUCUUUAGGUCAAUAGGUCAGGUGAGCGAUACAGGGCCUUCAGGGUCCUCUUGUUUUUUAAUAAUUUUGAACGCAAUGAUCGGUCGGCAGAUCCAAAAACAAUUUGUUACAUUCUAGUUGUGUUGUCAUUCGCUGAUUAUUCUAGAUAAAGGACCCGAAACAGACUGUAUGCUUUAGGAUACUUUUUUAAAAAAAUAAGGACAAAGCACAGCAGCAAAUGUUUCAGUCAGAAGUAAAUAAAAGUCUGCCUAAAAUUGAAAAUAUAAAUCGGCCGGAACAAGAUAAAUUUGACAUGCGACAUCAAUCGGCCAAAUCGUCGUCUUCUCGCUUAGCUUCAUACAAGUCUGAUCUGGAAGCCAAUGUAGAUUUAGAAGUGAUCCAGCAGGAACAGCAGUCAGCUAUGCAGCAGAGAUUCCCGCGAACAGUUCAAGACAAAACGACACGGAGUGGAUGUUCCUCAGAUGUAUCAAGUACGUCAACUGAAUCGGAAUCAAUAACAGCAACGGCAGACCAGCAGGAAUUACCAGGGGUUUUGAAACGCCCGAAACCAUCUACUGGACGUGCUCUUAAGAGAUCACUUUCGUUAAAUCCAAGUAACUUAUCAGCGGCUGCGGCACUGUCUAGUAAAAAUCGACGGGCCUCGCAGUUAUCAUUUUUACGAAAUCAGCAAAUACUGGAAGACACUUUUGAAGAAUUACCGACGUCGAAAGGAAAUAUGUCUGCUUCAGCUACGUCCCCUAACAGUACACGCGAUUUAAACCAGUCAAACCCCAACAGUGCUUCGGAAGGACCCACAUGCGAACAACCUGGUUCUAGAAAAAACUCAAUAGCUGGAUCGGAAAAGAAUCUAUGGGGAAGGAGGAAGAUUUCAGUCCACAACAUGAUGGAUUUUUCUCUUAUGAUAGCCAAUAUUGCUCAACUAAGAGCUCUCCUGACAUCUGAAGGAAGCAAAUACAAAAACUUUAUACUCAGUUGUAUAAUCAUAUCUAUGACUUUUCAAAUUAUGUUUGCAAUCUGUAUGAUAAGACGUCAAAACAUGAACGAGCACAUAAAUCAAGCGCUGAACAGCGAUGAAAUCAAUGAAGAAGAGGAGGAAAGAAUAAGAAACAGAAGAAGGUUAAUAAGAGUCCUCGACGAAAUUGGAAAUUAUCUGGUUCUUUUUAUACUCGUUGCAAAUGGACUCAUAACUGGAUUCGGAUUCUUAAACUGAUCUUUUGAAUUCCUUGAAAUACUGCAACAAAGCUUGUUUGAUAGAAAUAACACCCACAAAUGUAUGUCUUUGAAUGUAACUGAUAAUACCCGCAUAAAAUCAUUCAUUACAAAUGGAAAUACUUUGACCACAAAGCUUAACAUUAUAUUCAGAAAAAUGCAAAUUCACAUACUCGCUAGACUACUAGGCAUAGACAACGAUUUUAGAUAACAAAUAGCCUCAGUUACGUUAUCUAUUGAAUAAAAUGUAGUUUUAUACUGAUCUGUUGCUGUGUCGAACUUUUGCCGCUAUAUCGCUAUGAUGAUAAAUGUUCAGAUCAUGGCUCUGACAUAAAUAAUGUGUCCUUUAUACUAUUUUUACAUUGUUUUCCAGCGUCGGUCUAUAACGACUGGUAGCAAUAUAGUAUCUCAAGGAACUGUGUCAAUAAUCACGUUUAAUAAAAUUGGAAUAUUAUCAAUUGACACGUAUCUAUAUAUUAUAUGAAGUUUAGCAUUUUUAGGAAAUACAUAGAUAUAUAUUUUUUAAACCACAAUUAUAUCAAUUAUACUUAUUAUAGAAAGAGGCGUUUUCUACUCAGCGUUAUCAUAUUUCCUCCUUUGGGAUCAAAGAGUCCAUUAAAUUUAUACAAUAUAUUACCGUCUACGCAUAUGCUGCAGGACAUAUGAGAUUCCACCUAUUUCGUUACAUCUCACGAAAAGACUCUAUUAAACCGAGUCCGUGAUCGAGUGAUUGUCACUGACUUCGACGUUGACUGGGGUCAGCAAUUUUUAAUAAAGCAAAGGAAACCAACCGCUAGCUUCUGGAUUCUUGCAAAAAGCAGGAUGGAGUAAUGUUUCUUGCUGAACAGAGUCAGCUUUUGAUGGUGAAUACGUGUUGCAAAUUUUAAAACAAUAGCUUUGAUAGUUUAGGAGAAACUUUGACCUAAACGCAAAACUUAACCAAGAAAUCUGAUAUUUUCUAAGUCCAAAGUGGGCCAUAAUUCUUGCAAAAAGCAGGAUGGAGUAAUGUUUCUUGCUGAACAGAGUCAGCUUUUGAUGGUGAAUACGUGUUGCAAAUUUUAAAACAAUAGCUUUGAUAGUUUAGGAGAAACUUUGACCUAAACGCAAAACUUAACCAAGAAAUCUGAUAUUUUGUAAGUCCCAAAGGGGCCAUAAUUCUUGAAAAAAGCAGGAUCAGGUUAUGUCUCUUGCUUUAGAGAGUCAGCUAUGGAUGGUGAAAGAAGUGCUGCAAGUUGUAAAGCAAUAGCUUUGAUAAAUUUAAGAGAAAAGCUGACCUAAACAUAAACCUUAACCAGGCAACGUCGACGUCGACGCAGACGCCGAUCAAGUGAUGACAAUAACCCAUCUUUUUUUUCUCAAAAAAAAUCAGAUGAGCUAAAACUGCAAAUAAAACGGAAACUCAUCAAAUACUGAAACAGCGCAAAUAAACUAAAUUGACGCAGAGCGAUGUUGGUUUAUCUGUCUUUCUGUCUGUCUCAACGUUACUUAUUUUAGAAGAAAUAUUCCUUUUGGGGGCUAUUAUUCCUUGUAAAGCAUUUCUAGCAUGUGAAACGAAUGUGUAGAAAAAAGAACAAAGAUAGUUUUUGUCUUGUAUAUUCUAUUAUAAGGUACCAGAUACCAUUCUGAUUUGAAAGAAAACACUCUGGAUAUCAAAAUUCAAUCAAGUGUUCUUUAAUAUAGUGCUCAAAUUAACAACCGUAGGCUGUGCCUUAUGUUCCACGGAAAAAAUAUAAAAAAAAACGUUGUGUACAUUUGCGAGAGUUGGACAGAACCAAUCCAAGACAAAAAACCUUUCAAGUUGGACGAAACCACCCUUCCCCCCGUUGAAAUAUCAAAACUCCAGUUAGAAAAGAAAUAUUAUGAUAUUUUAUAUGUAAUAAUAACAUAAUAAUCGUAAAGAAUUACACCAUAUCAGAUAUAUUUGCUUUUUAUUUCUGAACACAUAAAACGA